UCUUUGUUUAUUGCUUUCUCUCUCUACACUUCUGUGCUUAUUGGCUUUUCUAUUUCCCUGUCUCUCACUGUCUCUCGCUCCAUUUUCCGUUUCUUUUUAUCUGUUAUUUUUCGGGGUUUGACUUUGGAGAGAGAAAGUGCAUCGCUUUCUCUCUUCUGAGUUUUAUCGGAGUUGUCGCAGAAGGGUUCUUGGUAGUAGUUUCAGUGUGGUUUUUUAUGUGAUGGAGUUGGUGUCAGUGCUGGAGAUGUGGUUUUUUAUGUGAUGGAGUUGGUGUCAGUGCUGGAGAUGGGUUUUAUUUUCGGUUUUUGGGUCGAUUAUUGAUGGGAAGACAAGGGUUAGUUUGAUCAUUUAAGUGGCGGUCACGUCCAAUCCAUGCAUGGGUUUGCCAUUUCUUGAUGAGCGAACACUAUUAAAGUAGGUGGCAAAGGGUCAUCGUCUAACUUCGGAGCAUACUCGGAACUGAUCCUAUUCAGGCUGCACUGCUUUCCAAGAAUCGGUAAUGAUGCAGACUUUAUGCAACAAAGAAUCAGAUCAAAGUUCUGGGCAGUCAACAUCUCCCUGUGUUGUUAACUGCCCAUCAUGGUGGAACUCAAGUGGGACCCAAGUUCGACAGCCUGCGAUAUGUAGGACUUUGAAUUUGAACAUGGACUCUUCUACUCAACAUCACAGCCAUGUGCAACAGUUGGGUGGUCAGUUACCUGACCAAGACUCAUCCUCGACUCAGUCAACAGGUCAAUCCCACCAUGAAGUGGCUGCAGUGAUGGGAGGGGAUGCUAGGUUACAAGGUGUUCGUGCACCCUCUGCAUACGAUGAGAAUGAUGGGAAGGGUGUUGAAAGUCAUGUUAAAUCACUGUUAUCUUUAGGGACUUCUGAGGGUGUUUUUCCACAUGCACAGAUUGAAUACGGCCAUCCAAUUACGCGUAUGUCAUACCCCUAUGCUGAUCCAUACUUCAGUGGUGUGGUAGCUGCUUAUGGAACUCAGGCUGUGAUCCAUCCUCAAAUGUUUGGGUUGCAACAUACUCGAAUGCCCCUUCCCAUUGAGUUCAUGGAAGAUGAACCAGUUUAUGUUAAUGCAAAGCAAUACCGUCGGAUCCUUCGGCGGAGACAAUUGCGGGCGAAGUUGGAGUCGCAGGAUAAAUUGGUCAAAACCAGAAAGCCUUACCUCCACGAGUCCCGACACCUUCAUGCCAUGAAAAGGGCAAGGGGAACAGGGGGUCGCUUCCUCAACACAAAGAAUCUUGAGGAAUCAAAGGCCACGGUUGAUGGUCAAAAGGGUUCGGAAGGUGGAGCCCUCCUCCAGCUUGGUAGUCUCUCAGAAUCCGAGGUCCUUCAGUCCGAGAACAACAAUCCUAGCUCUGGUGGUCCCACCACCUCGGGGUCUGAGGCCACAAGCUUCUCUCACCCCGAAGGCUUCUAUGACCCACAAGAGUUUCGAUUGAAUGGGUUUCACCUGCAUAACGCAAGCUAUGGUGGGCCCCACCACAUGUUUUCGGUGAUCCGAUGAGGCGAGUGGGCCCCAUUGCUCUGGUCUGUGGCCUGUCGGUACGAGACAUGUGACAGUUUCUGUGGGGCUUAUGCUUGCGUAUGGGCAAUUCAUCCUUGGCUUGGUUUAUGUCACUUUUCCUCCGUUUUCAAUGUGGCAGGGGAGAAGGGGAAGAACUACAGACUUUGUGUAAUUUGUUAUGGUGAGUUCUGGAACUGGUUGUAAUAGUGAAGGGUGCAAGGAGUUUAUUUGUGUAAAAGCAGGAUCGGUCCUUCCUUUUUGGGUUUGUUGGAGUU